CGAACGCCCGUGGAGGUCGUGGUUCGUAGGAGGCACCCAAACGAGAUCUCCGGGUGGAUAGUGCUGGCUCUGAGCGUCCACAUGAUGGUGGGGAAUCAUGCUCGCUAUUACACGGCCAUUCUCCUCGGAAGUGAACCUCGGCUGUUCGCUUCCGGCCCGCACCAGACACCGUCCGUCUUGGAUCCUGGGUGGCUCGACAAGGCAGAACCCAAGUCCCGUAGCGGCUGGCGACGGCGACGGAGGAGGAGGAGGACCAGGACCAGGACCAGGCGUCGCAGGAGUGUCUGAGAAGGAGGCGACCCUCGAGGAAGUGAUCACGGACGCGACGGGGACGCUGAAGGCGGAGGGGACGCUUCUCGUGGCCGGGGCGGUGGUGGUCGUCGCCGGGCUGCUGGGCUGCAUCGCGUCCUCGCAGAGGGACAGGACGCUGCUGCUGGCGGUGAGUACGGAAGGGAUUGCAAACACGUUCUCUCUCCGACACGACAAAGACACGUCGCUGAGAGGACGAAGUGAGAGCCAGAGAACAAUUAUGGAAUUCCACAAAUAUCCUGACAGCUGA